GGCGGGUCUCGAACUCAGAAAUCCGCCUGCCUCUGCCUCCCAAGUGCUGGAAUUAAAGGCGUGCACCACCACUGCCCGGCCCACUUUUUAUUUUUUAACUCUGAUCCUUUGUCCCUAAUGGACAGGAGACAAAGGCCUAUUUAAAGAAGAGGAUUCAAAAUUAAGAUUUUGUUUCACUCUGGAAGUUGCCAGGGGUAGAGACAAAGUGGUAAUGGUGGCAAGUCCUACAACUGAUAAAGGGUCACAGAACCCGCCUCAGGUCAGCAGGCAUAUUCUAUCACUCCAGCCUGCUGUGCGAUGAGGACCUGGAGCUUCCCUUUUUGCAACUAAGAAGUAACCAAGAGAGUCUUCCCACACAGGAAAAAAAAAGUCACAUUCUACAGAGCCAAUUUCACACUAAAGUCAACCGUCUUCACUGGAAAACUAAGGCUAAUCUCAUUACAAAAUGUAUUUCUUUGAGAGCACACAGGUUCCAUAAGGAGGUCAAGGGAACUUGAGUUCACGGCCUAAAAGAGAACCAGCAUUCAGAGAACAGCUAAAGAACACCCAGAGAAAGAGACCAGACACCUGAGCAAACAGGAAAGCCACUCUUUUCCUGUCAAGAAAUCCGACCAGUUGGAGAUACCUGUGCUUCUACAAACAUAGGUCGUGGUCGAGACCUUCAUUCAUUCCAGGAAAAAACUCUAAAGCAUCUACACUCUUGACGCCGGUUGGCAAAUCCGAGAGCGUCCGAAGCUGGAAGCGCCCUAGCACCCACAACAGCCAUCACUGAGAACUUGACAGCAACAGGCUCCCUUGCAAGUUUCCCAAGCACUAACCCCCAGGGCGCGAGCAUGCGCAGCUCUUCAUCCCGGCCCCGCCUCCCGCGGGUCCGCCCCCCGUCACAGAGCAUGCGCAGUCCUCCUGCCGCCCCGCCCCUCCGUACCAGAGACCCCUGUUCCUAAGAAACCAGGCAGCGUGUUCCCGGUAUCGGUUCUCUGGAUCCCGGCGCGCGCGCAUCCGCACCAGCCUCCCUCCGGGCAGACGGACGGCCUCCGAAACCCGUCCGGAUCCAUAGUCUCGCGUGCAGCUCUGGGGCGGGCGAUGCCAGCAUGCCAGGAGACAUGUUUGAUCAGGACUACAGGAAGGUCAACUGCAUCCUGGGGACCCUUGUAAGGACAUGAGUGGUUGAGCAAGAGGCCAGGAUGAAGUUGCUGCCAGGAGUGGGUGUGUUCGGGACUGGCAGCUCAGCCCGGGUUCUAGUCCCGCUGCUGAGGGCAGAGGGGUUCACCGUGGAGGCCCUGUGGGGAAAGACUGAGGAGGAGGCAAAACAGCUGGCGGAGGAGAUGAACAUCACCUUCUAUACAAGCCGGACGGAUGACGUUUUGCUGCAUCAAGACGUAGACCUGGUUUGCAUCAACAUCCCUCCUCCACUCACCCGGCAGAUAUCUGUGAAGGCUCUAGGAAUUGGGAAGAACGUCGUGUGUGAGAAGGCAGCGACAUCCGUGGACGCCUUCCGGAUGGUGACUGCAUCUCGCUACUACCCACAGCUGAUGAGCCUGGUGGGAAACGUUCUGCGCUUCCUGCCUGCCUUUGUGCGCAUGAAACAGCUGAUUGCCGAGCACUACGUUGGGGCCGUGAUGAUCUGCGACGCCCGCAUCUACUCCGGGAGCCUGCUCAGCCCCAGCUAUGGCUGGAUAUGUGAUGAGCUUAUGGGUGGCGGGGGCCUGCAUACCAUGGGUACCUAUAUCGUGGACCUGUUGACCCACUUGACUGGCCAGAAAGCCGAGAAGGUGCAUGGGCUCCUCAGGACCUUCGUGAGGCAGAAUGCCACCAUCCGUGGCAUCCGGCAUGUCACCAGUGAUGACUUCUGUUUUUUCCAGAUGCUCAUGGGUGGGGGGGUAUGCAGCACAGUGACACUCAACUUCAACAUGCCAGGUGCCUUUGUGCAUGAGGUCAUGGUAGUGGGCUCAGCGGGGCGCCUUGUUGCCCGGGGAGCUGACCUCUAUGGGCAGAAGAACUCUGCUGCACAAGAAGAGCUGCUGGUGAGAGACUCUCUGACUGUGGGCGCAGGGCUCCCCGAGCAGGGUCCCCAGGACGUCCCACUGCUUUACUUGAAAGGUAUGGUCUAUAUGGUUCAGGCCUUGCGUCAGUCCUUCCAGGGGCAGGGGGAUCCCCGCACCUGGGACCGCACCCCUGUCUCUAUGGCUGCCUCAUUUGAGGACGGACUGUAUAUGCAGAGCGUGGUAGAUGCUAUUAAAAGGUCUAGCCGAUCUGGGGAGUGGGAGACUGUGGAGAUGCUGACAGAGGAACCAGAUGCCAACCAGAACCUAAGUGAAACACUUCAACGGAACAACCUGUGAGUCUGCACAUGAGCUUCCUCCCACGGGCCAGAGGGACCAGGGAGGGCACUGAGAGCUGGGAUUGACUGUAGCAGAGACAUAGUGUCUUUUGUUUAGUAAAUCAGCUUGGGCCAGGGUUAGGAGCCAACUGAAGGAGGCCAAGGAAAAAGCCCAUCCGUCCAUCAUUGACUCCUCAAACUUGCAAGGCAGCCAACGCUCCUGCUGUCAUAGCUUAGGCUAGCAGUUGUGCAGGAUAGGGCUGUAGCAUGGCCCCUGGUGGUUCUGCCAGUGAGCGGGCCAGUGAAGAUCAGUCUGUAGGCUCUUCAGGCUGAGCUGUGGUCUCACAGGAUGAGAAAACCCAACAAGGAACUAGCUUGGUUGGGUCCUUAGGGGAGACGGCCAGAAGCCUUGCCUGUCUUAGACCAGGGCACCUCAGGACUGGAGAGGGCUGUGACAGGUCAUCCCUUAGGGAUCUUUCCCCACCCUCCCAUGCCAUCUGACCCUUUCAGCCCCCUUGCAAGCCCUUCCAAGAGAAAAGGAGGUUUCUGUCUUAUACAGAACUCGAGGGAGGAGGGCCCCUGACUUGGCAGAGAGGAGACAAAGGGGAACUGUAGAACAUCUGAGAAAUGUCAGUAAAUAAGUCAGAAAAAAAGUGA